AUGGAAGAUCUAGCAAUAACUCGAGAGAGUGCAAAUAUUGGAAACAAGCAGAUUCAACAGUCUAAAGAUGGCCAAUUGUGUAUUCAGGUGAAAAAUGGAUUGGUAAUACUAAACCCAAAGGAUAACCAACCCACUAAACCAAAAUCACUUUCUGACAUUUUUAAUGUGACCAAAUGUAACAAGACAUUGAAAAUGAGAGAAAAUUUUCUGAAGGAUGUAGUGCAUGAAGGGUUUGCUGAAAUCUCACAAGGGAAAACACAACUGAAUCCCUUGGACAACAUCAAUGUCAAUCAAAUUUCCAUAUCAGACAGCGGAGUUAGCCAUAACUUGGAAUGCGUUUAUGCUAUGGUUAACGAUACCUAUAAUUGCUUGUUGUUUGAAUUCAAAAGGAAUGGUGGAGUCCAACAGAUCUGUUUGAUAAACGAGGAGAUAGCCGGAUUUGAAGGUAUAGAUUCUAGUAAAAUUUUAAGUGAGGAAGAAAUAAGAAGGUUAAGGAUCAACCAUUUCCAAUGGUUUAAAGGAAUACGUUUCUCAUUGAGAAAAGACCCCGUGUGGCCCUUGGUUGGUAGCAGUUGCUUCUUUUGUUUUAGCGAGAGCGAGGAACAAUGGGUUUACAGGUUCAACUGUAUCACCAGUGCUAUCGAGCGAGUGUGCCCAUUUAAGAUUGAUUUGGAUGUUUCUAAGAAAGAGUGCGUUUUGUAUUGUGAACUCUCUGAUUGGAGGAAGUCAGAAAAAGAAGGAUUUGACCUAUACUUUGACUUUAUUAUGAUGACAUCGUUGAACAAUAUUAUAAGAAAAAAGUGUUAUUUGAGUAGCGAAGAUGGAUCGAUCUAUGUAUCAGAGCUAGAAGAUACGCUUGAAUUUGAAAAUAUGAUUGUGAACUAUAAAUUAUUAUCUAGUCAGGAUGGUGGGUUAUUUAUGGCUGUGCUUUUCCGAAACAGUUUAGAGUUUUACAAAUUUGACUCUGAAGAUAAUGAGGUUGUCGUUUUGCUGGAAAACCUUGCCAUAAUCGACAACAUGAUAAACUUCUCCGAUGAGGAUGGUGUAGAAACGUUGAUCCUUACCAAUGGACUAGGGGAGAUGAUCUAUGUAAGGUUCAGUUUGGAUAAAUUCAAAUGUGUGCAUCAAGAAAAGUUGAAUUACUUUAAUGAGAUCAACCUUACAUCAGCAACGGAGAAUGUACCCUUUUUUAGAAAAAUUAAUGAAAUCACAAAGAAGGGAAGCUAUACUAUUGCAUCGAUGGAAAUGGACCCAACAGGGAAGUUUAUCUACAUGAUGUAUGAUUUAGUUGAUUUGCAGACUAAUUUUGAGUUUUCGAUUCCUCCAUCACGCAAAGACCGUCUAUUGUUUACCAUCAUAAAGUCAAAGGAAAGAGUGGAAAUAGAUUUUCAGAAAAGCGACGAAUUUAAUAGUAUAGUUUCUUCUCCUCUUUACUGGAGGCUCUUAACAAUAUUUACAAAUUGUGAAACUACCCCAGGAGCUGAAGACUGCAUGGAAUUAGAUUCUGUUGAGAUGGAACUAGGAAGCCAGUUAGCUGACUCCGGCUAUUCACUUGUGGAUACGCUAAUUUUAAAUCAAACAAUUGACAAAAAAAGAGUUGAGUUUGGAUGUGUUGGUGAUGUUUCUAGUCCAGCGUUUGGGAAACAUAAAAAAACGAUUCAAGAGGUCAUCGCAAGAUAUGUUAUUUCCAAGGUUGAAGCAAAUGCGUUAAUGAUCGAUGAUGAUGAAGAUAUGUUUAUGUACAUGCAAUGUUGUGCAUUUAUGGGUGAGAAACCCAAGAGCACAAGGGUUUGCAAGAUGAAUGUUUCCGGGACAAAGCUUGUAGAAUCAUUUGAUGACACCACUGUUGCUGACAAUGGUGAUAUUGUAUCCCUAGAGGGGCAUCAAUGGAAAGUCUGUGAUUUUACCAUGCUACCCAUUCUUGCUCCCACUAAAAGGGAGUGUUCUCAAUGUGGGUGUGUUUCCUUGAGAGAGAGGAGGAAACUCGCCGAGAAGUCACCACGUUGGUGCGUUUUGAGUGUAGGUCGCCAGUGUCUCUUUUGUGGGGGAAGGUUCCUCUAG